AUGGUGCCUGUGUUACUAAUUCUUAUGGGGACUUCGGCAACACUGCAAGCUGACUUGUUUUCUGACAAAAAGUUUUUACUGCUACCACCUAUCAAUUUUACAAUUAAAGCCACUGGAUUAGCUCAAGUUCUUUUACACUGGGAACCAAAUCCCGACCAAGAGCAAAGGAAUGUCGAUAUACAAUAUCAUGUAAAAAUACAUGCUCCAGAGGAAGAUGAAUAUAAUACCAGGAAGACUGAAAGCAAAUAUGUGAUCCCCCUUCAUGAAGGCUUUGCAGCUAGUGUGAGGACCAUCCUGAGAAGCAGCCGCUCUCCUCUGGCCAGCAUUUGGGUUUCAGCUGAACUCAAACCUCCACCAGGGUCUUCUGGAACCUCGGUUAGGAAUUUAAGUUGUACCACAAACACUGUCAUGAGUAGCCACACCCACUUAAGACCAUACCAAGUGUCUCUUCGUUGCACCUGGCUUGUUGGCAAGGGUGCCCCCGAGGAUACACAGUACUUCCUAUACUACAGGUUUGGUGUUUGGACUGAAGAAUGCCAAGAAUACAGCAGAGAUGUACUAAAUAGAAAUACUGCAUGCUGGUUUCCCAGGACAUUUAUCAACAGCAAAGGGUUUGAUCAGCUUGCAGUACACAUUAAUGGCUCAAGUAAGCAUGCUGCAAUCAAGCCCUUUGAUCAACUCUUCACUCCGCAUACCAUCGAUCAAGUAAACCCUCCAAUGAAUGUCACAGUUGAGAUUGAAGAAAAUUCUCUCUAUAUCCAGUGGGAGAAACCAGUUUCUGCCUUUCCAGUCCAUUGCUUUAAUUAUGAGUUGAAAAUUUACAACACAAAGAAUGGUUACUUUCAGGUGGAAAACCUGACCACCACCAAGUUCAUAUCAAAAAUUGAUGAUGUUUCUACAUAUUCCAUUCAAGUGAGAGCAGCUGUGAGCUCAUCUUGCAGAAUGUCAGGAAGCUGGGGAGAGUGGAGUCAACCAAUUUAUGUGGGAAAGGAAAAGAAGCCCUUGGCAGAAUGGUGCCUCAUCGUGCUUCCAACAACCAUCUGCUUCGUCUUGUUAGUCUUCUCACUCAUCUGCCGACUGUGUCACCUCUGGACCAGGUUGUUUCCACCAGUUCCCGCUCCAAAGAGUAACAUCAAAGAUCUCCUUGUGGUGACUGAAUAUGAGAAAACUGCUUCAAAUGAAACCAAAAUUGAAGUUGUAAGUUAUGUGGAAGAGGCUGGAUCUGAAGUCAUGGAAAAUUCCAUGUUUUGA